UGCAGCUGGAAGCAAGGACCCAGUAUCCGCGUCAGUAUCGUCCCAGCGCGCGAUUCGGUCGGAUCGGAAAUACUUUUUCUCGCUGUCAUCGAUACGCGGUACGCGCUUUUGCUUUACAGACAAUAUCUAUGGUGAAGUAAUCCCAGCCGGAGUGUGGAGGUUCGCUAUAGGAUAGCGGUUACUGUAGUUUUAAAGUUUUUAGCUGUUUCAAAAAUGUUGGUGUGCUUCAAUCAAUUAUUGUUAAAUAUAGAAGAAAUCGUUACAUGAAAAAUUGAUACGUAUUAAGUGAGUGGCGAAUCCGCCAAGGGCGUAAAGCUAUUAUAAUGAAGUGUUGAUAAAAAAUAAUAAUAAAGCAUUUAGUAAUUCUAAUAAAAAGUCCAAUAGUGAAAAUUCAAAAAAAAUGAAUACUUUAGAGGAGGUGUUUCAAAAAUUCAGUGUUACAGUGCUCAAAGCAGUAAAAAAAUGUGAAUAAAAAUUCCUGAUUCCUAAAGCACCACACGCCACAUUGGCAUGAAGUUCAAGCCCCAGGCUAUCGAAGGACGACCGUGAAUACGCUCAAGUGCACUACACACUACGGAGCCGAAGCCGCACAACGGAACGGAACGGCGCCCUGGUGGAGAAAAGCUCCCACAGCAGCUCCCGGAAGCACUCACUCUAAAACCAUCCCAGAACAGUAGCAUCCAGCCAGCCAGUCACAGUGGGGGGUGUCCCAGUAGCUGAAACCCACCCGUCGAAUGUGUGCAAAAGACAUCUCUGACUCUGAAACGCCCGUCGAAGCGAUUGUGGCGACAGGAAGCGGAAGCAGGGAAACCCGCGAAAAUCGAUUACCAUCGUCACACUAGUAGCAAACUAGUUGAUUGGCAUUUAGCAGUUCCGUUUUUUUCUUUACACUUGCCGGGCGUUUCCGACUGAACCCAGCGUUUCGUCGGAUGUGAUUUAAGACGUGUCGGGGAAAUAGGGGGAGUGAUUGCGACAUUCGCUGCGGAGGCGGAAGCUGAAGCUCCGUGUAAUCGAUUUGUGUGUGUGUGUGUGUGUGCAUUGGAAGAAUAAUAAAAGGUGCAAGUUGAGGGGGAGGGAGUGUUAUGUGAGGGAGUAAAAAGGGGGGCAUUUGUGCGUGUGUCUCAAUAUUUAUCGUGUAAUCGGAGAUACUGCACAAAGAUAGUGUGAGCAAACAAGCCAGAAAAGGAAGGAAGGAAGCCUUGUGCAACGCGUGUCCCAGUCAGUGAUGUUGACAGCGGUGGCGUCAGUGAGGCGUUCGUAGUAGCGCCUUUGGGAGUUGUGUAGAGGAUAUUCAUUAUCACCGGUUACGAAACUUGUCAGGCAUGGGUCAGAGUGGGUGAAACGUUAAACGGGGAAGAUAUGUCGUAAUCGUGUGGACUAGAAGAGGGAAUUCAAUUGAUUUAACGGCGCACGACGGACUUCAUCAAUCAUCAAAAGUGAAGAAUGGCCAUAACGAUGUCAUCACGUGGUGAGGUCACUGUGCUGCCAACGAUGACCAUGACCGGAACUUACGAAGCAUUCAGCGACGCUGUUAAUGUGACGUUCAGCCCCGUUGAGCAAUCCGGUCGAAAUAGCAGUGGUCAAGCCUUGAUGCAGGACAAUACUAGUGAUGUCGUGACCAACGAAAUGGUUCAAGUGGUUUUCUGUCUACUGUAUUCUAGCAUAUUCAUUCUGGGAAUCUUUGGAAACGUGUUGGUAUGCUACGUAGUGUUCCGUAACAAAGCCAUGCAGUCAGUGACGAACCUGUUCAUCACUAACCUAGCCUUAUCGGACAUUCUACUCUGCGUUCUGGCCGUACCUUUCACACCUUCGUACACAUUCUUUGGACGGUGGAUAUUCGGAAAAGUGAUCUGCCAUACGGUGCCAUUGGCUCAAGGAUGCAGUGUGUACAUAUCAACGCUAACCCUAACUUCGAUAGCGAUAGAUAGGUUCUUCGUUAUAAUCUAUCCAUUCCACCCUCGAAUGAAAUUAUCAACCUGCAUCACAAUCAUCGUUCUCAUUUGGAUCUUCUCCAUGCUGGUGACUCUCCCGUAUGGCCUCUACAUGAGCCAUCACGACGACACCAAUGGAACUCUCGCCAACGAAACCCUACCAGAAAAUCGUACAUUCUACUGCGAAGAGCUCUGGCCGGAAGACAUGCGCAAGGUCUUCUCGAUCGCAACUUCGAUCCUGCAGUUUGUCCUACCCUUCAUCAUCAUGGCCAUCUGCUACAUCUGUGUGUCAAUUAAACUAAACGAUCGUGCCCGAACGAAACCCGGAUCCAAAACCACCCGCCGAGAGGAAGCCGAACGAGAUCGCAAGAAACGCACCAACCGUAUGCUGAUCGCCAUGGUUGCAAUCUUCGGCAUCUCCUGGCUACCGUUGAACCUCGUCAACAUGAGCAACGACUUCUACUCGGACAUCAACGAUUGGCCCUACUACAACCUACUCUUCUUCAUCGCCCAUCUGAUCGCCAUGAGCUCAACCUGCUACAACCCCUUUCUCUACGCCUGGCUCAACGACAACUUCCGGAAAGAGUUCAAACAGGUUCUGCCUUGCUUCAACCCUUCCCGUGGACGAAGCACCAUCAGCACUCGUCGCUCCGAGCACCGAACCUGCAACGGCAACAACGACACCGUUCAGGAAACCCUCAUCCCAUCCUCCCAAGUACUACCCCCAGUCUCCAACCGAUCCCCCAACACCACCACCACCACAACAACCACCGAUUCCAACAAACCCUCCGUUGAUUCGAUUCUCCUGUCGGAAAUCGGACCUCCAACACUGUCCCCGGACCCCCCUCUACUGCCAUCGAUUCAGAGCCAGGAAACGAUCGUCCUCCCGUCCGGGGUCCUGGAAACCCCCUUCGAAGUUCAACUGCCCCCACCCCCGAAACCCACCAACAACGGACAACCGACGUCCUCCAACAAUGGCGUGGGGAACGGGGGCCUCUCGCACACCCCUGCCCAGAAACCCUGCAGUAACCCGAAGCUGCAAUCGCUGAUCCUGAUCAACGAUGGAACGUGCGGCGACACCAAGCUGCCGGAGAUACUGUAAAAACGCCGAAUCUGAGACUGAGCAACCAAAAACAAACAACAAAACCAACCAUUCAUCGAACGUAACGAUUCGAGAGGCGUACGCAUGUGUGUGUGUAUAUAUUUUAAGGUGAUGUCAAAAAAAAAUCCUUCCUCGGAGCGCCAUACAGACGCAACAAAAAAAACCGAACGCGGAAAAACCCAAGCAAAGUGACGAAAGAAAACUAAUUUUCUAAUCCCCCCACUCAUCGAGAGGGACAUCUGGCAGCUAAAGCGAGCAGCUGCCUUCCGGAAGGUCAACACCGGUGUCGACAUGGUAGCAGGAUCCGCGUUUCAUAUGGACACCGUUAUCCCACCGAUGAUACGAUGCCACACACCGAGGGAUUACCGGCGAUUGCACAGUGGUUCGAAGGCGGUCAAAACCUCAAAAAUCAAGAUUCGUUCCAUCGCUUUUUCUCAACGAUAUUACUUUUAAAACUUCAACGCGGAUGAAGAAAGCCAGGUUAUCUGAAUUGUUUCGGGACCUUCUGUUUCUGGGCCCGAGACAGAAGGUUCCAUUUAGGAAUUUAUUCAGGAAUAAGGUUUAGGAAAAGAUCAAUUUUGUUGCAACUAUGAUCAGUUAUGUGUUCAUUCCUUAUCAGUCUCUUCUGACAUCGUAAUAUCACUGUAAAAUUUUAGAAAGUAUUUCUUUUCAAUAUGAACUAUUUGUUUUAUUUUAGGUAAGUGUAAUAUGAUUUUUUGAUAUUCUUGAACCAUUUCUUGUUUUAAAUUCAAAAAUGCUGUAGCAUUGGUAUUUCAGCAGUUUUUUCGUAUUGAUUUUCGAUUGGCUUAUCAGUUUUCACCAAAUAAAAUUCAAGCUGAACCAGGAA